AUGGCGACGACCUCCGGAAACAGAGACCCCAACACCCUCUCCAACUAUGGCGCCUGGUUGACCAAGCACACCACGGCCAACUUCACCAUCGACUUUAAGGACAAGUCGCUCAAGGGCUCCGUCACGCUCGAGCUCGAGUCCCUGACGGACAAGCAGAGCAAGGAGAUCAUCCUGGACUCCAGCUUCCUCUCCAUCUCGGGCGUCAAGGUCAACGCCGCCGCCUCCACCUGGGAGCUCAAGGACCGCGUGGAGCCCUAUGGCGCGCCGCUGCACGUCUCCGUGCCCCAGGGUGCCGCCAAGGGCGAAGUCGUCAAGGUCGACGUCGACCUGGCCACCACGGACAAGUGCACCGCGCUGCAGUGGCUCACGCCCGCGCAGACGAGCAACAAGAAGCACCCGUACAUGUUCUCGCAAUGCCAGGCCAUCCACGCCCGCUCUCUGUUCCCCUGCCAGGACACUCCCGACGUCAAGUCGACGUACACCUUUGUCCUCGCAUCGCCGCUGCCCGUCGUGGCCAGUGGUGUGCUCGUCGAGGGUGAGGCCGAGAAGAAGGGCGACGAUACGGUGUACCGCUUCGAACAGAAGGUGCCGAUCCCGUCGUACUUGUUCGCGCUGGCGUCCGGAGACAUCGCGACGGCGCCCAUUGGUCCGCGAAGCAUCGUUGCCACCGGUCCUGACGAACUAAAGGAGUCGCAGUGGGAGCUGCAGAACGACAUGGAGAAGUUCAUGGAGGUGGCCGAGAAGCUCGUCUUCCCUUACCGCUGGGGCCAGUACAACGUGCUGGUGCUGCCGCCUAGCUUCCCCUACGGAGGCAUGGAGAACCCCAUCUACACCUUUGCUACGCCGACCAUCAUCAGCGGCGACAAGCAGAAUGUGGACGUCAUUGCGCAUGAGCUGAGCCACUCCUGGAGUGGUAACUUGGUCACAAGCUGCAGCUGGGAGCACUUCUGGCUCAACGAGGGAUGGACUACGUACCUUGAGCGCCGUAUCGGCAUGGCUGUUCACGGAGAUGCGGAGCGCGACUUUUCUGCCAUUAUUGGCUGGAAGGCCCUCGAGGACGCCGUCGCCCUCUUCGGCAACGACUCCGAGUUCACCAAGCUCAUUAUCAACCACAAGGGCAUCGACCCUGAUGACGCCUUCAGCACCGUCCCCUACGAGAAGGGCUUCCACUUCUUGUACUACCUGGAGCGUCUCGUGGGCCGCGAUGUCUUUGACAAGUUCAUCCCCCACUACUUCACCAAGUGGUCCCGCAAGUCUCUUGACUCGUUCGAGUUCAAGGAGACCUUCCUCGCCUACUUCAACGGUCUCGGCGACGAGGAGAUCAAGACCAAGGUCGCCUCCAUCGACUGGGACAAGUGGUUCUACCAGCCCGGCCUCCCGCCCAAGCCCGAGUUCGACACGACUCUGGCGGACGUCUGCUACAAGCUCGCCGAGAACUGGAAGGACGAGAGCUUCAAACCUUCCCCCGAGGACGUUGCCUCCUUCUCCGGAAACCAGAAGCUGGUUCUCCUCGAGAGCAUUGAGAAGUUCCCCAGCCCGCUGUCCGCUGACCGCGCGCGCCUGCUGGGAACCACGUACGACCUCGUCUCGUCGCGCAACGCCGAGCUCAAGACGGCGUACUACAAGAUCGCGCUCGCUGCCGAGGACUCCUCUGCGUACCAGGGUGCCGCCGACUUGCUGGGCCACGUGGGCCGCAUGAAGUUUGUGAGACCCAUGUACCGUUCGCUGAACAAGGUCGACCGCGAGCUUGCGACCAAGACUUUUGAGAAGAACAGAGACUUUUACCACCCUAUUUGCCGGGGCAUGGUGGAGAAGGAUCUUGGACUUGUGUAA